AAGAAAUCUGAGUCAUCAAGUUUCUCUACAAAUGAACCAUUUCACAUCAACCCACUCAGAAUGACUUUGUUUACAUCUCAACCGCUGAAUUAUGCAGACAAUUGGAAAAACCGGUGGAAUUCCUCUGAAAAUUACUUUCACUGGGAAAAGUAGCAUAUCUCUCUUUAGCCAUAUGUAUCAGCUGCACUGUCGCUGUUUUAAGGGGUUUUAGGCCAUCUAAGCCAGGCUGAUUUUACUCUGGAAAAUCAGAUCUACCUCAUUUGGGAGUGUUUCAUCACCACACACGCACAUUGGCACUGGAUGUAGGUUAGUGAGAGAGGACACUGAUGUUGUGUGGCUUCACACUGAAACGGAAUCUGGCUCGGAGCAGAUACAAAAUGUUCAACAUAUCUUGACAAAAUGUCUUGUGCAGCAGACAGCUGCAUCCAGUUCACGCGCCACGCAAGCGAUGUUCUGCUCAAUCUGAACCGGCUGCGCAGCAGAGAUAUUCUCACAGAUGUCACCAUUCUGGUCAACAGACAACAGUUUCGUGCUCAUAAAACAGUCCUCAUGGCAUGCAGUGGGCUCUUCUACACAAUCUUCACUGACUCGCUAAAAUGCAACCUAAACGCUAUUAGUCUGGACCCGAAGGUCGACCCGGAAGGCUUUGCAAUCCUUCUGGAGUUCAUGUACACUUCUCGCCUCACUCUGAAGGAGAGCCUCAUCAUGGCAGUCAUGAACACAGCCAUCUACCUGCAGAUGGACCAUGUCGUUGAUACCUGCCACAGAUUCAUUAAGUCCAGUGACUCCUCCAUCAAACUGCCCAGAGAGGACUUCCUCAUCAGUCCUUUACUUUUACCUCAAGAUGUUCAUGGUUACAGACCACACGAGAUGGUGGAGAGCAUACCAGGCCGUGCAGGUCCUUUCAGAGACGGGAGGUCUUAUGGUCCAGGCAUAUUAAACGGAGUUAACGCUCCUAGUAGCUCUUAUCAUCUUUAUGGCCAGUUCCCCAUGCAGGGUUUCCCCUUCCCUCUCUGUAAGCUGACAGAUGCCAAAAAUACUUUCCCUGAUUUCUCCAAAGGAGCCCCCAUCCAACACAAACACUGCUCUCCGGCUGAUGGUAACAGCUCCAUGGUGGCUGACUACGGUCGCAGCACCACCAGUGGACCUUCAAGCAUGUGCCACGCGACCCCCUACUCCUCCCGGGAGCUGGGCAGAAAUGAGGAGAUGAAGAGGGAGAGCCUGGAAGGACUGGUGCAGUCUAUCGGCAUGAGCUCUAGAAAGCACGGAAUGGCCAGCCUGGCCCAGGAGCAACAGAGGGAGAUGGGUAAAGAGCAGGGGCCUCUGGCUGAAGAGGACCUGACCCACCAACACUACUCCAUGGGCAUGCCUUCCAGUGGCCGCAAGACGCUGAUGAGCAGCCCCCAGAGCCCUCUGAAGUCAGACUGCCAGCCUAACUCUCCAACCGAAUCGAGCAGCAGCAAGAACGCCGCCCUCUCGCAAGCCUCACAGCCUCAGACUCUGCAAGGCACACAGGACCCUAAGGCUCGCAACUGGAAAAAGUACAAAUUUAUUGUGCUUAAUCAGAGCACCAAGGAGGAAGAGAGCGGUCCUCAUGACCCUGAGACGCGAUCACCACAGCGUCUGGGACUGCCUGCCUUCCAUCCAACUUCUGAGACUGACCACCCAGAAUCACAGGUCACUAACACCAAGAUAAGUGACCACGGAGACGACUUCACUGUGCCCCAAGCCAGCCGCCUCAACAAUAUAAUCAACAGCAGAACUCUGGAAGGAUCACAGAGGAACGGUGACAGCCACUCUUCUCUUUAUAUGAGCCACUUAAAGUGCACCUCCUGCGGCUCACAGUCCCCACAGCACUCAGACGUCUGUCCCAACACUCCUGGCUCGCGUCUUACUGAGGAAAUGUCUGAGCUCCACUCUGAGUACUCCGACUCCAGCUGUGAAAACGGUACAUACUUCUGUAACGAAUGCGACUCCAAAUUCGCAGAAGAGGAGAUUUUGAAACGCCACAUGCUUCAGGUCCACAGUGACAAGCCAUACAAAUGUGAUCGGUGCCAAGCAGCAUUCCGCUACAAGGGAAAUCUUGCCAGCCAUAAGACAGUUCACACAGGAGAGAAGCCGUACCGGUGCAACAUCUGCGGUGCACAGUUCAAUCGACCAGCUAACCUCAAGACCCACACACGCAUUCACUCUGGAGAAAAGCCAUACAAGUGUGAGACAUGUGGAGCUCGUUUUGUUCAGGUCGCUCACCUGCGCGCCCACGUUCUGAUCCACACGGGAGAGAAGCCAUAUCCCUGUGAAAUCUGUGGCACUCGCUUCCGACACCUGCAGACGCUCAAGAGUCACCUGCGCAUACACACAGGAGAAAAGCCCUAUCAUUGCGAGAAAUGCAACCUGCACUUUCGUCACAAGAGUCAGCUGCGGCUGCAUCUCCGGCAGAAGCACGGCGCAAUCACCAACACCAAGAUCCAGUACCGCAUGUCCACAACAGACCUGCCCACUGACCUGACCAAGGCUUGCUGAACAAACACGUGGGCCAGUCCUGACCAUGGCAUUCUCUGAGCCUGACUCGUACAAUCAUCCAAAAUUGUAGUGCCACACUGUGUUGAUCAGUUAAGAA